GAUUUCAUCAUCUUCUAGUCCCGAUGAAGCUGAAUUGGAACUUUCAAGGAAGAGAGAUCGUGGUUUGAUCCAGAAUUUAGUGCUGUGCAGGGGAUGCGGCAGCAGCAGGACAUCAAGAAGAUGGAGAGUAGUCAGUUCAAGUAUUGCAUAAAUUGUUGCAGUUUUAGUCUUGUGCAUGGCCUAUUUGAUUCUGCACUGGAUUUUUACAAAGAGAUUAGUUGCAAUGACUAUAAUGGAUUACUGAUGGUUGAUUUUUCAAGAAGAUUAUUUGAAGAUAAAAGAAUAAACUCUAUUGAUGUUGGAUUUCAUAGAUUAGUUGUAGAGAAUAGGAUAGACUCUAAAGGAUUGAGAAUGAUAGUCCCAUUUCCGAUGCAAAUAUGUAUGGAGAAUUACUUAUUUUUCACUUUUCCUUGC